CAAAAAUGUAGGGGAACGAAUGACAUAUAUAGAGACAUGUCCACAGAGAUAGACAGGGUGCGCAGAGUGGGCUGUAUGCGCCUGUCCAACUUGGAGAUGUCGCCGGCAGCAGCCAUGAGAACACAGAAGUCUAUUGUGCUCUCUUCUGUGACCUAUCACUACUGCUCACGGAGCUCCCCACAAAACACACUUUACACACGCAAUGGCUCCCUCAAGCUCAGCUCUGCUGCGGUGGAUCAUUCUGCUUUUAACAGUCUCAGGGGCCAAGUCAUUGAACCAGCCAUUUAAAGUGACAGAGGGGAGUUCUGUGGUCCUUGCCUGCCAUUACUCAGUGAGGCGUCAUGGUCUCAGCCAUGUAUGUUGGGGCCGGGACUGUGGGACCUUCUGGUGUAAUGACAUUCUUGUGCAAGCAGAUGACAACGGAGUUAUUUCAAAAAUAUCUGACAGGUACCGACUUAUUGGAGACGUUCUCUCAGGCCAAAUGGAUCUUGGUAUUCAGAAAAUCCAGCAAAUAGACAGUGGGUCCUAUUGCUGCAGAGUGGAUAUAGAUGGGCUUUUUAAUGACAAAAAAGUGUCCUAUACAUUGACGGUUUUGAAAGCUCCAACUACAAUGGCACCAUUAACAACAUCUGCACAAAGCACUGAGUCUCCUCUGGCCUCAACAGAACACUGGAGGAGUGCCAUAUCAUCUCAUCUUGAUAUUUUAAGGAAAAAUUUAAGUCAAGUUCAAUCUGAAACACUGUUUGAAGACUCAUUUCCAAGCAUCACACUGCAGAUCAAUGUACCAGUGCUCUCCCUGUCAUUAAGUCUUCUGCUACUCCUCGUGGGUGCUCUGCUACUGCUGGGUUUCAAACGUGGACUUUACAAAAAAGCUCUACAGGGAGGAUGCUUGUCAUCAAAAGAGCCACCUCAUAUCAUCUAUGAAAUCAGGACCAGGAGACCAAUUGCAGAGAAUAUCUACACUAUUGACUAGGGCAUCAAACCUUUAGUCAGGCAGAACCCCAGGAUAGAUGUGACAUAAGGUACGAAUGCUAUUUUUUGCAUAAAUUGAUAGUUUAGGGGGUGUAGACUCAGAAUCUGACGGGCACCCUUGAGCAUUUAAAUGACAUAAAAUGCCACACACCCUUUUUUGACCAUAAAAAAUAGGUAGAUGCACAUUACUGUAUAAAUCCAUCAUGUAUGUUGUUGUAGAACAUCAGCCUACUGCGGAUCUACUGCGGAUUUUCUAAUACUAUUAUUUGAAAUACUAUUAAAGAGAAUACAGCCAUUUCUGCUUUUUUUCUUUUAAAUUUAAUCUUUUAUUCCAAAACAGAAUAAUGAAUGAACGAAAAAGUGCACAGACCGAGUCACUCUGGCAAUGAUGCUCAUUAUUUAAUGUCCCUUGUAUCGUAGGGCACAAAUCACAUCGGUGUAUCUGAUAUAGGCGGGCCAGAGGCGAGCUAAACAGAUGACCACAGUGCUGCAACAUGGAGUCCAGAAUCAGUCAGUAAACAUUGGUUGUAGUGUUAUCCAAUUGCGUCGAAGUCCAGAAUCAGUCUGUAAACAUUGGUUGUAGUGUUAUCCACUUGCAUGCAGUGAGAUUUUAAAAUGCAUGCUUGGUAGGCUACCACCCCUUGAAUUGGGCCAUUAUAUUAGUCACGGCCAGACCCUUAAUCUUUCUAGAUUUCCAGGGUCUGGAUUUCCUGGCUAAUUGUUCACUGCAAUUAAGGGGGGAAAUUCAAGAACUGUUAUAGUCAAUGUGCUGACUAACUGGCAAGUACCUCAUAACUCAGACUAGUUUGUAUCAAUCCUGGACGGUGGUGUCUGUCUUUAAAGCAUUAAAGAAAAAUGUUUGGAUGAAAAAUAUUGUUUACUGUAGGCCUAAUUCAGGGGUCAAAUUCAAGGACAAUUAUAGUUAACAUGCUAACUAAUUGUCAAGUACUUCACAAAUCAGUUUAGUUGGUAUCAAUCCUGGACUGUGGUGUCUGUUUUUGAAGCAUUAAAAAAAUGUUGGAAAUGGGGGAAAAUGUUGUUGUCUGUAAUCUAUGGACAGUUAUACUUAAUGUGCAAACUACCUGAGAAGUACCUCACAACAUUGCUGUCUGAAAUUCAGCAACAAAAUUAUAGCCAACUGGCAAGUUGUUGAACUAGAAUACAUCAGACUUGCUAUAAUAUUUAUAUUAAAAUGAAUUACUAUUGAAUGAUUGUAUCUCUGUAUGUAUAAGGCUACAUGGCAGUUCCACAAUUUAUUUCAUUUAAUACCCAGACUGAUAUCAUGAACUGCGUAUGCAUGACAUUCCAAUGGCCACUAGCGUGUUAUCUAAUGCAUAAUAGCAUUUUGGCGUGUUUAUCAACGGCAUAACCCUAACCCUAGAGGACGCCAUAUACUUGCCGUUGACAUACACGCAGAAGUGAGACGAUAAAUGGCGUGUAUGUUUACGCGCCGUUGACAUACACGCAGAUAGCUCAAAAUGCGUGCAGAUAACACGCCAGUUGGCUAUUUUUGAAGUGGCGUGUAUGAAACGCAAAGCCAUGAUGCCACGUUGCAAUGCCAAACAUGAGAUGAUUUAGAGGUAUAAGCUAUUAUGCAGCAAAAAGGAACGUAAUCUGACCUUAAAGGUCACUUUGCAAAAUGUAUUUUGUUCUUUGGAGGGACCUGAACUAUUUUUCUUUACCUUUGUUAUGGUCAAAGCUGAUUUCUGUAUGAGAAGAGCUUUAACUUGAUACCAUACAUGAUGGGUUUAUAUGUUAAUGUCUAUUUAGAUGAUUUCCUGUGAUCAAAAAAGGGGUGUGGCAGAUGAUGUCAUUUUAAAGAAAAUGCUCAAGGGUGCCGGAUCGGCACCCGUCAGAUUCUGAAAGAACACCCCCUUACCUAUCAAUUUAUGCAAAAAAAUUGCAUUCGUACCUUAUGUCACACUUAUGUCCACAUUCCAGUUCUACCUGACUACUUGUAGUCUGUGGCUGUAUAGUUGUAUUCAUUGCUGUAGUCCUUGCACACAAAUGCAAGUAAUUCAAACAUUUUGUAUACUUCAGAAAUCUCCAUAUGCAGGUGCAUAUUAAAUUCAAUUUAAGUUCUAUAGUGCCACAUCUCAAGGCACUUUGGAGCAUAUCGUAUUUUCCUAAACAUUAGACGCAUGCAAAUAAUAAUAAUAAAUAAUGUGGAUUGACCGCAAUUGUGCAUUAGCUGCAGUUUAUUUUAAAAUACUUCAUUGUCAUAAAAAAACAUAACCAGCAUCAUUCGAUUGGGCCCUUUUUUGUAAUUCCCGAUAAUAUUAGGUUUAUGGUAUUCUUAGGUUUAUGGCUGGCUGCACAUUGAGCCCAAUACAGAACUGUUUCACAGUGUGGGGUAUGUUACAAAAAUACUAGGAUAUUAGGAUAUAGUACGCAGAAUUGAACCCAGUUGGACCCACUUGGUUGUGGGUCAAGUGCUAAAGCCAUUUAAAGGUACACUAUGCAAGAUUGUCACCUUAAUAUAACCUUUAUAAAGCCAAUUUGAUGGUAAAUCAACUUGUAAUAGUUCACCUAGCAUAGCUAUGCAGCAUAUAUGUAGCGAGUCGCUACCAAGAUAACCAGUCAUGCAACUUCAAGAACGGCGGCCUGACAAAUCUCGCGAGAAUCGUGAAACAAUACCUUGUCAGUAGAUAUGGCUCUUUGGAGAUAGUUUUUGCCUGUUGUUAAUCCUUCAGCUCCACAACAAAAUAAUU